UAAGAAAAAAAAACGAUUAAAAUCGUCACCAUCCAUCUGUAUAUUCUUUUUCUCAUAUGUUUCAUCAAAUUUUUAGCCAAAAUAUGCUUCAGACUAAAACUCUGUAAUGAAAAAGGCGUAAAGAGAAAACCCUAAAAUAAAUUGAGAAAUAAUACUUUCGCUUUCUCACUUUGCUUCUGUCCAAUUUGACCUUGCUGCCGGACGGGAGUAGCCUCCGCCAGCGUCGCCACCACCAGCUCCGCCCUACAACGACGCCCAUCGGUCCCCGCCACCUCCAGUGCGACCCUCCGCCCAGAUCCCCAAUCCUCCACCACUCGUAUCAUAACAUGGAUUUGCUACCACUGAAAUCAAUUGAAGUAUGAUAGAACAUGGAACUUCUAGAGUGCUCUGGGAUAGCUGUUUAUAUUUAGAUCAAGCAGCUGCACCCUGGCUGUUAACAAUAAAUUUACAAUAAGCAUACAAGAAGAUUGACUGGGAUAAUGGAGUGCAAUAAAGAUGAGGCCACUAGGGCAAAAGAGAUCGCCGAAAAGAAGUUUUUGGCAAAGGACAUUUUGGGUUCGAAAAAGUUUGCUUUGAAGGCUCAAAAUUUAUUUCCUGGGCUUGAAGGUAUCCCUCAAAUGUUAUCAACACUUGAUAUAUAUAUAUCUGCUGAAAACAAAAUAUGUGGGGAGGCAGAUUGGUAUGGGAUACUUGGUGUGGAUCAACAAGCAGAUGAUGAGACUGUUAGGAAACAGUAUAGGAAGCUUGCACUUAUGCUUCAUCCUGAUAAGAACAAGUCCAUUGGAGCUGAUGGUGCAUUUAAGCUUAUUUCACAAGCAUGGACUUUAUUGUCUGAUAAAGCCAGGAGACUAGCCUAUGACCAGAAGAGGAAGGUGAACAUGAGCCAGAAAGUUCCUAAUGCAAGUGGGGGUUCAUCAACAACUCCAGGGGUGAAUUCCACAAAAACUACAAAAUUUAGCACAAAGCCUCCGAAAAGUACCACUCGAGCAGGUCACUCCUCACAUCCUGCUGCAGCUCACAAACAAAAACCCAAUACCUUUUGGACAGUGUGCCAUCGGUGCAAGAUGCAAUAUGAGUAUCUUAGAGUUUACCUUAAUCAUAAUCUUUUAUGCCCCAAUUGCCAUGAGCCCUUUUUUGCAAUAGAAACACCUCCGCCUCCUUCAAAUGGCUCUAAGUCAUCAGCUGCAUGGAACUUUUCACAGCAACGACAUAAUCCAAGUAAUCACAAAGCUAAUAAAAAUGCAUCUAAUUCAGGAAAAAGCAGUGCCGCUUCUUCAAAUGCAGGAGCCGGAGGGCUCAAUGGUUCCGAGUCACAUAACCAAAACAACUUUCAGUGGGGUCCAUUCUCAAGAACAGGUGGUGCUUCAACUGCUGCUCAAGCAGCAACUGUGGUACAUCAGGCCUAUGAGAAAGUGAAGAGAGAUCGUGAGGAAGCACAAGCAGCAACCAAAAGAGAGGAAGCUUUGCGAAAGAAGAAUCACUCUAAGAAAAUGAGUGGUUCUUCCUCUGCAGGUCCAAAUGGUUCAAAGAGGAGAAGAGGCACAGAGGAUGCCAGUGUUGGAAACUCUGGAAGAAGCUCUAUGAAUCAGAUGGGUGGGAAAACUGGAGCUGUAAAGUCUUCUGGGUCUAAGCAGGUUGAUUCUGAAACUGGUAGGGUGAAUGAAAUUACCAAGCCCACUAGCAGAAGGGGUGUUCCCCAACUUGAAUUUCAGUAUAUAUUGAUGGAGAAAGCUAGGAAGGAAAUUUGCAAGAAAUUGAAUGAAUGGAGUUCGGCUACUGUAGGCAAACCUGCGAACCACGAAGAGGAGAUUCAGGACAGAAAGGCUAAUGAGAAAGAAGAAAAAGCUUUGAGAAACAGUGACAUGCAGCAUGAUCUUAGCAACUUUAGGGAGCCAGUGAGGACAAAUAUUGGUGAAACUGAUAGGGAAUUUUGUGGGACACCAUCUAGUGCCAACCUAAAGGCUGAAGCUUUGGAAAUAAUGUCAAUAAGUGUCCCAGAUCCAGAUUUUCAUGAUUUUGACAGGGAACGAACCGAAAGAUCUUUUGGAGAAAAUCAGGUUUGGGCCGCAUAUGAUAACGAUGAUGGGAUGCCUCGAUAUUAUGCCUUUAUUCAUAAUGUCAUUUGUUCUAAUCCAUUCAAUAUGCAAAUCAGUUGGCUCAACUCGAAAACUAACAGUGAAUUGGGCCCUUUAAAUUGGGUUGCCUCAGGUUUCUCAAAAACAUGUGGUGAUUUUCGUGUGGGGAAACAUGAAACUAAUGACUCACUCAAUUCAUUCUCUCACAAGGUUCGUUGGUCGAAAAGUGCCAGUGGGAUCAUCAGUAUAUAUCCCAGGAAGGGAGAAGUUUGGGCUCUUUAUAGAAAUUGGUCUCCUGAUUGGAAUGAAUUGACAGCAGAUGAAGUAAUACACAAGUAUGACAUGGUGGAGGUGCUUGAAGAUUAUAUUGAGGAACUAGGGGUGACUGUUGUUCCCCUUGUCAAAGUUGCUGGUUUCACCACAGUUUUUCAUCAGCAUUUGGACCCUGGGGAGGUCAGAAGGAUUCCAAGAGACGAAAUGUUUCGGUUCUCUCAUCAUGUUCCUUCAUACCUUCUAACUGGUCAUGAAGCUCCAAAUGCUCCAAAAGGUUGUCGUGAGCUGGAUCCAGCUGCUACUCCUCUUGAACUCCUUCAAGUAAUAACAGAAGUUAAAGAGGAAGAUAAUAUGGAGAUUGAUGAAAAAGAUAAGGAAGAUAAUGUUGUAGGUAAUGUCAAAAAAUCUAAUGACAAUGAGACUGCUGAGAAUUUAAGUAAAGCCGGCAAAGAAGGGAAGGGAUGUUCCAAAGAUACUGAGGUAAUAAAUCUUGAUGAAAAUGCAGAAUAAAACAAAUAAAGAUGGGUGAGGAAGCAUGGCAAAACUUGUGAUGUUCGUUGAGUUUUGCCUCAUGCGACCUUACCUGCAAAUAAUUAUGUUCUGUUGUAAAUUGUUUAAAACAUGCGGAAUCAUUUUUUAGCUUCACGUCUUCAAAAUGCCUGGGGCUUCACAAUUUAUUUCAAAUAAGUCAUGGAAAAGCUCUUCCAUAAUGUUAACCCUAUUGGUAACUUGAAGAUAGCAACACUAAAAGUUUCAUAUUUUGGUUGCUGUCUUUGCGUUGCAAACGAGGCCCAGUUCAAGGAUAUAGAAGGUCAAGGCUGCGUAAUAUCUCACCAACAUUUUUGCUAUCUCACUAUUUCUGUUUUAUUGGCUUCAUCGAGUUGGUGAUCUUGUUCUUCUAUACAAUGUUUGCUCAAUUUUUUAGGUAGGUUAGAUCUGACUGUAAUAGAUCUUGUAUAUUCUUUCAAAUAUGCUUUUAGCAAUGUAGUACCAUUGUUAAAUCUGAUUAAAGAUAAAGUUAUAGUGUAGAUAUUGAUAUCAUUUGAUUUACACCGAGUUUAAACCAUGUUCAUGAAUUACAGUGUAGUAUUUUCUAUCAUUUAAAGUACUUGAGCGAAAAUUCUUUUGUUA